ACAAACACCAAUAUAAGAAGUCAACAUUUCAAAGCCAACCAAAAAGACCCGGCUGGCCGAAGCAAACAAAGUAAGGAGAAAAUAAAUUCAAAAAACGGAGUAGAUCUAGUUCUCUUUGUAGAUCUGAUUUUUUUUCUCCGAUCAACGGUGAAAAGUUCCUUUUUUUUUUCAUGGCGAUGAUGACCUGCCGUUCUCUGUUGCUUUUACUUUUGGUCUCACUUUUUGUUUCUUUUGGUUUCGCCGAGAUCCGUUUCACGGAGAUCCGAUCCGAUGUCCGACCCAUAAUACCUUUCGAUGAGUUCGGAUUCACUCACAACGGCCGCCUUGAACUCAACCUCUCUCAGAUCGAUCUCUCCGGCAAGAACCUCGACUUGAACAAAAUCGGAUUCUUCCUCUGCACGCGCGACACGUGGUUCCACGUGCUUGAACAACUCAAUGACCACCAUGUCACGUGCGCUCUCGAUUCCGACCUCGUCAAGGUCGUCUUCAGGUUCGAAUCUCUCAAGGGGAAAACGAGCGUCAACGCCGUUUUCCCAGUAAACAACGCUGACCAGUACACCCUACUCUUCGCUAAUUGUUUGACUCAAGUCAAAGUAUCGAUGACAGUCCGAUCGGCGAUGUACAAUCUUGAAGGGAAGCAAAAUAGCCGUGAUUAUCUCUCCGCCGGCAAAACGAUUCUCCCUAGGGUUUACUUCCUUUUAUCCCUCGUUUAUUUCAGUCUCGCAGGGAUUUGGGUUUACUUUCUUUACAAAAAACGACUCACCGUGUUCCGAAUCCAUUUCUUUAUGCUUGCCGUCAUUGUUUUAAAAGCCUUUAAUCUCGUGUUUGAAGCCGAGGAUAAAUCUUAUAUCAAACGAACCGGAAGUGCUCAUGGUUGGGAUGUUUUGUUUUACAUCUUCAGUUUCUUGAAAGGGAUCAUGCUUUUCACGCUCAUCGUUUUGAUCGGCACCGGUUGGUCGUUUUUGAAACCUUAUUUGCAGGACAAAGAAAAGAAGGUUUUAAUGAUCGUGAUUCCACUUCAAGUUGUUGCUAACAUCGCCCAAGUCGUCAUCGAUGAGGCCUCCCCUUUUGGUCAAGAUAGGGUCACAUGGAAGCAACUGUUUUUGCUUGUUGAUGUUAUUUGUUGUUGCGCUGUGUUGUUCCCUAUCGUUUGGUCGAUUAAGAACCUGCGUGAGGCGGCUCGAACGGAUGGGAAAGCUGCGGUGAAUUUGAUGAAAUUGACUCUGUUUAGGCAGUAUUACGUUGUGGUGAUCUGUUAUAUUUACUUCACUCGUGUUGUGGUUUAUGCUUUGGAGACGAUUACUUCGUAUAAGUAUCUAUGGACCGCUGUGUUGGCCGGAGAAUUGGCCACUCUUGCCUUUUAUGUGUUUACUGGGUAUAAAUUCAAGCCAGAGGCGCAUAACCCAUAUUUUGCCAUCGAUGGUGAAGACGAAGAGGCUGCUGCAGAGCAGUUGAAGCUUGAAGAUGAGUUUGAAUUGUGAAACCAAUCAUCGAGAACAAUAUAAACAAUGAUUGAAGUUAGCAAAUACAAUUGGGACAUUGAGGUAAAACCCAGAUUCUUAAACUUCGAUGAUUCAUAUACUUGUUUUUCUUUACUUGUUAUGCUUUUUUUUUCUUUUUUUGAUCUACUUGGUAGGAUAAUAUUAAACUUUGAUGCACGUUUGUGAACUUGAUAGCUUGUGUAACUAAUAAAUAAAUAAUGCUAUAUUUUUUGUUCAAA